AUGUCAGGCUUCUACCCUGAUCAAAGCCAACGGGCUUUGGACGAGGACAUGGAAGACGAGAUGGCUCGUCAAUACUACUCUAGCAUGGGAUAUCAAAUGGGAUCUCCCACCAUGAUGACUCAGUAUGCAACAGUCAUGCCCGGUACGACUGGCUAUGUGCCAGCCAGCCCUGUCCCUUCACCUGGCUAUCAUACCCCACAGUCCGGGAGACAGUAUCAUAACCCCUAUACACUGUCUUCUCACUCAACGGCAACAAUGCAAGAUUACAACCCUCAGUUGACAACCUCUUCACCUCCAUCUUACCCUGGAUACAUGCCUGAAUCGGCAUAUCAACCAUCCAUGGCAUAUCCACAUACUCCUCACCACGACGAGUACAUACGGCAAGACCACGCCUUGCAACGCCAGCUAUCGCUCUCCGACGCCCAAGACCUCGAAGAAUAUGGCAUUCAGGACCCAUCAACCGGCGCCUGGCGGUGCCGCUACCACGGCUGCACAUCCAAAUCCGUCUUCACGCGUGCCUGUGACUUGCGCAAGCAUUUCAAUCGACACAGGAAACAUCUCUUUUGCCGCUUUGAGGGUUGCCCGCAGGCUACCGAGGGCGGGUUCUCGAGUAAGAAGGAUCUUGCUCGGCAUGAGGCGAAGCAUAAUCCGCAGAUUCCGUGUGAGUGUGCGGGGUGUGAUCGGGUAUUUAGUCGGAUGGAUAAUAUGAAGGAUCAUGUUAGGAGGAUUCAUGGUAGGAGGUGA